GCGCACGCGCCUCGUGGGGCGGGCGCUGUGCUACCAUAGACAUGCAGAGCUAGAUCGUAUACCUCCUCGGAGGCGGACAUGUUGGGUCCUGGCCAAAAAGUUGGAAACACCUGGGGCCGCUACCGAGGUAGGCUGCUCCUCCCAAGAAGGUGAGACCGAAAGAGCUCCAGUGGAAGCGGUCAAAGCAGGGGCGGGGUGAACCUGUGACACGCCCCUCGGAAGAACAGGCUUUUAGAGAGUCGCCAGGCUUUCUGCCCUCAUCCGAGAUGGCGGCCUGAGGGCGUUCUAGCCGACGCUCUUCGGAUGCCCGGAGGGGGCGGUGGCCUUGCCUCUGGCUCUGAGGCGGCGGCGCGGGGCGCUGCGAAGGCUCUCGGCCGCUGCAGUCAGUUGUGUGGGGUACGCAAGGGCACGGACCUCGGAGCUCUCCCCGCUUGCGCCGAGUUUCUCAGCGCCUUCCCCACCCGAACCGGGGUCCCGCAGUCGGAAGCGCUCCGAGUGCAGCCCCGCGCGGGGCCGGCCGUAACCGCGCCGCGGGCCGGACGAUGCCCAAGAAGCUGCUGCUUUUGCCCCAGCUCUCCGCGUCCUCGGCUUUCCGCAUCCCGCGCGCCCGCCCCGUUCCCCCGCCGGCCAUGAACGCCGCUCGCACCGGCUACCGAGUCUUCUCGGCCAACUCCACGGCCGCCUGCACGGAGCUGGCCAAGCGCAUCACAGAGCGCCUUGGUGCUGAAUUGGGGAAGUCUGUUGUGUAUCAAGAGACCAAUGGAGAAACAAGAGUUGAAAUAAAAGAAUCUGUCCGUGGCCAAGAUAUUUUCAUUAUACAGACAAUACCCAGAGAUGUGAAUACAGCUGUGAUGGAGUUGCUCAUCAUGGCUUAUGCAUUGAAGACUGCCUGUGCCAGGAAUAUUAUUGGGGUCAUCCCCUACUUCCCCUACAGCAAGCAGAGCAAGAUGAGGAAGAGGGGUUCCAUUGUGUGUAAGCUGCUAGCAUCCAUGCUGGCGAAAGCAGGUUUAACUCACAUUAUCACUAUGGAUCUUCAUCAAAAGGAAAUACAAGGCUUUUUCAGCUUUCCCGUGGACAACCUUAGAGCCUCACCUUUCCUGCUUCAGUAUAUCCAGGAAGAAAUUCCAAAUUACAGAAAUGCAGUCAUUGUAGCUAAGUCUCCUGAUGCUGCAAAGAGGGCCCAAUCCUAUGCGGAGAGACUGCGUCUGGGUUUGGCCGUCAUCCACGGGGAAGCUCAGUGCACGGAACUGGACAUGGACGAUGGUCGUCACUCCCCGCCUAUGGUCAAAAACGCUACUGUGCACCCAGGCCUGGAGUUGCCGUUGAUGAUGGCCAAAGAGAAGCCACCAAUAACUGUAGUUGGAGAUGUUGGAGGCCGCAUCGCAAUCAUCGUGGAUGACAUUAUUGACGAUGUGGAGAGUUUUGUUGCUGCCGCGGAGAUCCUGAAAGAGAGAGGCGCCUAUAAGAUCUAUGUCAUGGCCACCCACGGCAUCCUGUCCGCAGAGGCCCCCCGCCUGAUUGAGGAGUCCUCCGUAGAUGAGGUGGUGGUGACGAAUACUGUCCCUCAUGAGGUUCAGAAGCUGCAGUGUCCCAAGAUAAAGACUGUGGAUAUCAGUUUGAUUCUUUCUGAAGCCAUUCGGAGAAUCCACAAUGGAGAGUCCAUGGCCUACCUUUUCCGAAACAUCACUGUGGAUGACUAGCUUUCACGAGGGUCUCAACCCUGGACCUCCUGAGGGAAACAUGGAAAAAGCAGUGCCAUGAGUGAUACAGUGUUUCCUUGCAAGGGAGGACUGGAAACAGCCUGGAGUUAGAUAUUCUCUUUUGCCUGGAUUGAUGGGGAGGAGGGAUUAAAAGAGUCAGAAAGAAGACAGAGCUAAUGGAUAAAUAUCAUAACAUGGCCUUAUAUCUCUGCUGUCAUCAGCCCUGUUCCUUAAACAAAAGUUCUAGCUGCUUUCCUGAAAAUAAUCUGAAAAUCGUAUUGAUACUAAAGAGGAGUUAAAGGCACAUAAAGUCUUAACUCUAUAAUGUUCAUUUAGUUGUUUCAGCUCCAGGGAAAUGGAGGUAUUGAUGUUGAACCUGGUUAGGGAAGCUGAGUGCCUGUGGCCCUAUUACUAUCCAGUUGGCCUCUCCCAAAUCAACUUCAGAUCUUUUAUAGAGAAUCGUAUUUUUCUUUCAGAAAUUGUUAAGCCUACAGCCAUUGAAAAAUGAAGCAUUCAUGUUGUUACAUCUUCCAAGGAUGUCAGAUUAGAAAAUAGCAUCCCACCUCUGGGUAUCUGAGUGGCUCUGAACUUGCAAAUAAAAGAAUUUGUUGUC